AAAAGUUCCUUCCUCAACCUUUCUCCCUCUCUACCAUGAGUUCAAUACUUUUCUUCCUUCGUUAUUAAGUUGCCAUUUUUAUCUCCUUGUGUAGAACCAUCUGCAUACUGUCUAAACCCCAGUCAUGGCGAAAAGAGUGACUCUCUUUGAACCUCCCCCGCUGGAUUCUUCCAAAGCCCCCAUCGAAAAUGUCCUAGAGUUAACGCCCGUGAUAGAUAUUGGUCCAGAUGUCUUUACGAAUACUCGUCCUCUCUGGCACCCACCUGGCGCGCGGGGCAUCUACGGGGGUGCGGCAAUUGCCCAGUCGCUCGCCGCGGCGAUGCGGACGGUUCCGUCGGAUUUCGCCGUCCACAGCAUGCACUGCUAUUUCGUCCUCGCCGGCGAUUCCGAAAUGCCCAUUCUAUACCAUGUCGAGCGAGUGCGCGAUGGAAGGAGCUUCAUAACGCGCACUGUCCAAGCCAGGCAGCGCGGACGACCAAUUUUCACCACCACCUUGAGUUUCAGCAGGGCCAACAGCGGCGGGAAGAAGAAGCUGGAACAUGCGACAUCAAUGCCUGCUGUUACGCUGCCGGAUGAUUCUUCUGCGGACGUAAAGAGGAAGUUUUAUAACGCUGGAGGCGGGCCGUUCGAGUCGCACAAGCUCGGGACUGUGAACCGGGAUUCGUCCAAGCCUGAAGAUAAACGAAUCCGACGCUGCAUGCGCGCACGAGGCAACAUCUCCGAGGCCGGCGGCCACCACGCCCAUCUUUCCGCCCUCGCCUAUGUGACCGAUAGUUAUUUCAUCGGAACUGUAUCGCGCGUCCAUGACAUCCCUCGGUUUGCCUCCCCCGCCGAACUCAAAGCAGCCCUAAACGCACUUAAAAACCCAUCUGACUUGGAUGACGACGAAAUCUCACGAGCGUUCAAGGAGUUGAAGGAAGAAGAGGCCGCAGAAUUGCGCCGUCGGCUGGAGGGCGCCCUCAGUAAAGCUGAGGACCCGAAAAACAAACAUAAGCAUAAAGAGGUUGGCAUGAUGGUCAGUCUUGAUCAUUCGAUUUACUUCCACAACCCUUGGGCGUUUCGCGCAGACGAGUGGAUGGUCACGGAGAUGGAGAGCCCUUGGGCUGGCGAGGGAAGGGGUUUGGUACUCCAGAAUAUCUGGUCUAAAGAUGGAACAUUAAUCGCCACAUGCACGCAAGAGGGUGUUGUAAGAUUAAAACAAGAUGAGCCCCCUCGGUCGAAGAUAUAGACUGUUGCAUUACAUUAUCCAGCAUCAAAUACCCUUUCGUCUUGUUGGCGGUAUAUAAUUUCUUUCCAGGUUUGCUUUGAACUAGAGCGAAAGCACUUUCCCACUUGCUUUUGGUUAUAAUACGUCGUUGCAUAGACACUUAUCAUAUAUAUAUUCUGGGUUCUCCCUGCCCCCUGGUCUCUAUUUGAAUACAUCAUUCUUUGUACAUACAUUUCAGUUGCUCACUUCGGCUUAUCUUUGAGGUGUUGAAAUUGAGUUUCAUAUAUAUCAUUCAGAUAUAGCGUACAUGGAUUGAACAAUUCUCGUCUG